AAAUGGCGUGAUGGUGGUGAAUUUGUCGAAACAUAAGGAUUUUCAAGUUCGCAGUUUUCAAGAUUUCCUUAUGUCAAAAUGGCUGGUAAUAAAAUAAACACGAAGAAAAAAGAAGACAAAAAUAAGGCAAACAGAUUAAGUGGACAAUCAAUUGAAGAAAAUGACGAAACAGAUUUUUCAUUACUUAGGAAACCCAUACAGACAAAUAUAACUGGAUUUUCUCAGGCUAGGAAAAUUUUUGACCAAGCUACUGAAGAGCUGAAAAGCUUGCUGACUAAUGAAUGUGAUCUUUUAUAUGAAUGUAAGGUGUGCCGGAAUAUAUUUAGAAGUUUGGCAAAUUUUAUAUCACACAAACGUGUGUAUUGUAAAGAGAAAUUUAACUCAUCUAUUCAUGGCCAUUUCUUUAAAGAAACUUGUUCCAUACAGGAGGUGUUAAAAAUAAGGAAGUUAGAAGAAAGUUAUCAGGAAUCUUUGAAGGAUAUAAAUGAUUCAAACAGCUUAAAGGAUGAAGACUGUGACAAGCGGAUUCCCAUAUCCAAGGACAUAACCGAAGUAGUAGAAAGAAUAGUUAAACACAAGGGAGUUCAGGAAGAAAAAUUACAGGAGCAACAAUUGGUUUUCCAGAAAAUUCCAAAGAGUUCAGUAGCCGUUUACCAAAACAUUGCUGGUAUAGAUGAUGAAACCAGCAGUGAUAGUAUGCAGCUCCAAGUAAAAGAAUUGGAUAAUAUUUUAUCACAAGAAAAUGCAAUUCUACAAAGCGAUGGAACAUUUAAAGUACAAAGUAAUAACAAUGUAUCUUCAAAUGUGGACAAUGUAAUACAAAUAAGUGAUGACGAAGAGAAUGAAGAUAUGGAUGAGCUUAAAUGUAGAAUCUGUGAUCUUCAAUUUUCUACUCAAAAAACAUUAAAGUUCCACAUGAAGUACAAACACCUGGAGAGUAGGCUGGUCUACCCUUGUCCGGAUUGCUUGGAUAUAUUUUCAACCUCUUGGAGUGUUUAUCGACAUCUAUUUAAAGUUCAUAGAAAAACAGCUGCUCAAAUUCGUCGACUGCGUGAGUCAAUACAAGCAAAAGCAUUCCGAAUGAACAAUCCACCCGCAUUUUAUGAAAAGCGAAAGACAAUUCCCAAGAAUGUUGCUCCCCAGAAAAUAACUGAGGAAGAAAGACUCGACCAGGAAAAUCAGGCGUGGUUGGAACAGUUAGACGGCGAAGGUGAUGGACGACGCUGCGGCGGUUGCGGACGAACCUUCGAGCGUCGAGCUGCACUUGCUGCGCAUGCACACACGUGUGCGCGCAGGCAUCGCCGGCGUAUACAAAUUCAGAUUCGGAAAGAUUACGACAAGACACAACACAAUCCCUACCUGCCUCAACCUCGCAUCGCUUCUGUCGCAGAUUCUGCAACAGUUGUUGAAGAUAUUGAAAUAGAUGAAAAACCUGAAGAAAAAGUCAAAAUUGAGGAAAAGGAUAAAAAUGAAGAAAAGGAGAAAUAUGAAAAAAAAGAUGAUCAAUUAGAAAAAGAUAGAAAUGACGAAAACGAUAAAAAUAAAAUAAAAAUUAAAAAAGACAAAGAUGAAGGACAAUUAACUGAAGCAGUCAUGACAAUCAUAGAGGAGAAACAGGAGCAGGACGAAGACACUAAAGAUAUGGAAAUCGAUAAUACUUCUGUCCAAAAUAUACCAUUCUUUUAUGACAGUACACUAAUGAACAAAUUGCCAUUUGCUCAACAAGCUGAAAAGAGUAAUUUGAAUGCUCUUAAACAAAAAAUGCAAUUAGAUACAGAAAUAGACCAGCUUAUUUGUAAAAAAUGUUCCAACAAAUUCAAUGAAUUCCUUGAUCUCUUUGAUCAUAUGGGUGCACAUUAUAAAUGGGUGCGAUAUGCCUGUAAAUUAUGUAAUUUUAAACAUUUCAAUUUUGAUAACCUUCUAGAACAUGUGAAAGUUGUGCAUAAACUUAAAGGCAAUACUGAUUUUUACUAUAGCACGGUUAAGGCAAUUGAUGGAGCUGAGGCUUUAGAGCUUGCAGAAACAACUGAUGAAGUAAUUGUUGCAAAUGAAAUUAGUCCAGAUUCAAGACGCCCUAGCAGGUGUUCUAGUGAUUCUAGUCGGUUAUCUGAUGAUAGCUCCAGCAGCAGUACACGAGUAAUCGAGGUCGGGUCUCGAAAACGAAAAGCCAACCGUUAUAAGAAUAAUUUAAAGAAGAAGAAAGAAACUUUCAUUUCAGAUGAUGUUGAUGAUCAAAAAGCAGAUGAAAGUUUAAAAGAGGUUAUUGUCAUAGAAAAUGAUUCUCCAUCGAAUCCUAAAAUAUUUGAAGAGAACUCUUCAGACUUUGAUGAACUUGAUGAGAAAACCACAAAACGUCAUCAGAUUGAAUUAGCUACUGUAACUUCUCGUAGACCUGUUCGUAAGAAAACCAAACCGAAAAAUGAAGAUUUUGAAUAUGAUUUGUCUAACUUAUUAAAACUGGAAGCACAAGGGUAUCGUGAUUAUCAGCCGGUUACUACCAAACCAACACAAAAUAAAAAGAAAAUACAGCAAGACGUUCAAAAUAACUAUGAUCUAAUAAAUAAAGAUUGUUGCGGGGCAUUAACAACUUUAUCCCGUAAGUCAGUAGAAAAUGCACAAAGUCAUAUGAAAACUCUUGAUUUAUUUAAUACUCCUAAAGAAACACGAUCAUCGACUGUUUUUGCUCGGCCAAUGAUACCGAAAGUUACCAGAGUUGAUAAAAUAUCCCCAAAGAAAGAUGAAAAAGAAUUGAAGGAUACACCUAUUGUAAAUAAAGUAUUGGAAACAUGUCACUUGCCUAGUUUAACUAAAGUCGUUCCUGAUAAUGAAAUUUCUAGUACAGAUUCUCUAAAUAAAAAGUCUAAAACUGCUGAAUCAGAAAUAAGUAAAGAGUUACAAGACACGUCUAUUAAAGUAUACAGUAACGAUAAGAUUAAAGUUGACUCUAACAAAGAGGAAGUCAAAGAUAAAUUACGUGUUGAAACAAUAAAAGUUGCCGGAGUUCCGGUAAUAGAUUCAGCUAAAUCAAAUUUAAACGUGCCCAUGGUGCCUAUAAAAUUUCGUCGACAAAGCUUAGAAGUCAUUAAAAAUCCUUUAAUAAAGAAAAAUAUAACGGAUUUUACAAAAGCUGGUAUGAAAACUAAAAUUUUAGUUAUAAAACCCAUCAAUAGAAACUCCGAUGGGACUCAAGCAUUAAAUUCACCUCUGAAAUUUCAAACUAUUAAGUUAAAAGAUCCUAAUAAAAGUAUAGCUUUGAAUGAAGAUAAAAAGGAUCAAGUGGUAGUAGUCAAAGUACCUAAAGUUGAUUGUAAUGUAACUAAAACAUUAUCAAGCAACAUUGUAGUCAAUAACCUAAAUCCGGCAACUGUUGAAGAAAGCAAAAGUCCUGUUGGUGAUGAAGAAAUCAUUUUAGACACAACUUCCAGUGAAAAUGAUGAAGGUGUACUAGAAGAUAAUGUAAAUACUUGUAAACAAAUAGACUGUGAACCUACUCCUCAUGUAUCUGUUAUUAAAACCACUGAAAUGAUAAUUAAUAAUGAUACAACAACAGCAAAUGUAUAGAGUUAAACGCUUUCGCAAAGUAUUAUUUCUUUUUCUGGAGAAGAUAAUUUUAUGUUUGUACAGUUCUUAAUAUUGUAAGUUUAGGUAGAAAAAAUAAAAUUUAAGCUGCCAGCC